AGUGGCUCCGCGUCUCAGUCCCGACCCGGGAGCAGCAGCAACAGCUUCUUGCUUCUCAACUUCAGCGCCCACCCGGCCCUAGACCUGCACCCCUCGCAUCUCCAGCUGCGGCGCAGGGAGCCGAGCUCGGCGCAGUAACUUCCUCCGCGCGGCUCCGCCACCCCCGGGAGUCCCGGGUGCGCACCUGCAAACUCCGCCUUGUGCACCUGCGGCCCUUGAGCCAGAGCUAUGGCCAACGCGGGGCUGCAGCUGCUGGGCUUCAUCCUGGCCUUCCUGGGCUGGAUCGGCUCCAUCGUCAGCACCGCACUGCCUCAGUGGAAGAUUUACUCCUACGCUGGUGACAACAUUGUGACGGCCCAGGCCAUCUACGAGGGGCUGUGGAUGUCCUGCGCGUCGCAGAGCACCGGGCAGAUCCAGUGCAAAGUCUUCGACUCCUUGCUGAAUCUGAACAGCACUUUGCAAGCAACCCGUGCCUUGAUGGUGAUUGGCAUCCUGCUGGGACUAAUAGCCAUCUUUGUGGCCACUGUUGGCAUGAAGUGUAUGAAGUGCAUGGAAGAUGAUGAGGUGCAGAAGAUGCGGAUGGCUGUCAUUGGGGGAGUGAUCUUUCUUAUUUCAGGUCUGGCUAUCUUAGUUGCCACAGCAUGGUAUGGUAACAGAGUUGUUCAAGACUUCUAUGACCCCAUGACCCCAGUCAAUGCCAGAUAUGAAUUUGGUCAGGCUCUCUUCACUGGCUGGGCUGCUGCUUCUCUCUGCCUUCUGGGAGGUGCCCUACUUUGCUGCUCCUGUCCCCGAAAAACAACAUCUUACCCAACACCAAGGCCCUAUCCAAAACCUUCACCUUCCAGUGGGAAAGACUACGUGUGACACAGAAUCAAAAGGACAAAACCGUGUGGGAACAACCAGAAAAUGGACAUUGAAAUACUGUCAUUGAUAUUGAGAUCUUCGACUUUUGACUGUUAGAGUCUGAACUGUGGUAUAACCAAAAAAAACCCAUUAUUUUUUAAAAUACCCAUUGCUAAAAAUGACAUGGUCUUAUUUUAUCUCCUUUCCUCAAUACAGGAGGGAAGCCAUUUCCAUGUGUAUUACUGCUUCCCACUGAGUAAUCAUCUCGAAUGUGGGGAGAGGGCGGUCCUUAAAUAUAUAUAGAUAUGUACAUAUACAUGUUUUUUCUAUAAAAAAUUAGUAAAAGCUCUUAUUCUCUUUAUGUUGGCAUAAGCAUACUUAAAAUAUACCUAAAAAAGAAAAAAUAUAUUUAAUUCUGUUGAUUAAAUAAGUAGUUUAUUUGGUAUUUUUCUCUUCAUUUUUAUCUGCACAUAUAUAAUGGGUCAAAUAUCAUUUACCUCCUUCGUCAGCUUUUAGUGUCUUUCACAGAAGACCUGACCUACGCUACCAAAUAUGAAUUAUUUCAGUUCUUCACAUAUGCUUAUGUCAUAUUAUUUUUUUGUUACUAUGCUCUUACAGCACUUGCUUUGUCAUCAGUCAGUCCUUCUUCAUGCAUUUAUUUGUUUUUUUGUGAGGUUAGGCUUAACUCUUGAGUCUGAUAAUACAUUUUAUAUGCAUACAGGUUGAUUCCUAAAGUCAGUAAGACUUAAAAAAUUAGAGUUUGAGCAGCAGAUCUUUGUGUGUGAGCAGAUGAUACAUUCCUGUUGACCUUCCCCCCAUAUGCUCCCUGUACUCUGACCUCUAACAUGCUUGUUUGCUUUGAAAAUAUUUGUCCCAUUGAGGAGCUGUGUGCUGCUUUCAGGUGUUGUAACACAAUUCUAUUGAUUGGAUUUUUUUGAGCUACUUUUCGCAGUUGUAUAUCCUCCCAAAUAACCUGUUUUCUUCCUUCCUCAACUGUGUUGUUUUGUCAUAUAGUUUACCUCUUCCCAGAAAGGGGUGGCCUGUUUGUCUGAAUGAAGUGCUAGGCUUUCUGCAGAUAAUCUGAUGACAAAUAUUCUCUCUGUAGCUGUAAGCAAGUCACUUCAUUUUUCUCCUCUUUCCCAUCUGUCAAAUUGAGAUAAUGAUACUUAACCAGCUGGUAGAGUGGUGUAAGUAUUAAUUAGUUGAUAUUAUGCUCAUUCUUUGAACAUGAAAUAUGCCUAAGUCGUGUUUUUAUUUGCUAAAUUGUCUAUUAAGAAGUCGUUGAACCAAACUACACACAGGCCUUCACAUCAUUCAGCACCUUCCUUUCUCCACAGGCCCACUUCCUUCCUUAGAGCUGUGGCCACCACGUUGUUGGUGCUCUGUUCCAUUUUAACAAUUGCUCGGAGCUUUCCAGUCUGUGGAAAACGCUCCUUCACUUGAGCAAGAUGAUGUCACGGAAAGGGUGUUGACUUCAGGGUCUGAUUUGAGCCUUGGUGCUAUCAAUUACUGUGUCAGUUUGGGCAAGGCACUUGGUUGCCCUAGAUUGCUUCAUUUAUAAAAAGAGGAUUGUAAUUCCUGACCUGCCUACCUCACAGGGCUGUUGUGGGGAUCCAAUGAGAAAGGAUACAGGUUAAUACAGUUUUGUAAGGUGAAAAAUAUGUAUGAGGGGAAAGAAUUAAGGAAUUUAAGUGCCUAGGUUGUGGAUUAUUUUUCAAACGACUGAAAAGAGAGAACACUUAAGAAAUGGGUUUCUUGCCUUAACCAGCCUCUCAAGUGAAGAGAUACUCAAGUGAGAUUCAGCUAACUAACUGAAAAGGUUUCUAGAGCAGUCUUAGUCUUCUUCAGUCAGCAUGGCCUGAUGCCUUUUGUGGCUAAGCUUUUCUCCUUUCAGGAAUGCAGACUUGACCUAGGACAAGCUUGCAGAUGUAAUGGGUUAAAUAGAAGUGUAAGUGUUGGUAAAGCAAAGAAUGGAAGAUUUGUUGAAUUGUAUUACCUUGUGAGGGUAGACAAGGCGAAUGAAUAUCUGUUAAGUGGUGUCAUCAGAGGUGUUGCUAUUAGCUGGCAGCUAUCACUGCUAGACUAGGUAGUUUGGGGAUGGAAUUCAUAGUGAAAGCAUGUAGAGGAAGUCAUCCAAAGGGAUGCAUUUUAGGAUUUGAACCCAGUCAAUUUCAGUGUGUCUUCCAAACCUGAAGUCUAUGCCCCUGGAAUGUAUAAUUUAAAGAAUCUCUGCUACCUACAUAGAUCCUAAUGAUGGGCAAAAAUACAUGUGGUUACUAGUGGCUAGACUCAAAAAAGAAAUCUAUCAUCCAAGGUGGCCAACAAAAUUGUUAACAGAAUUUAUCUGAUUUUGAUAUUUUUGUACUCUGCUACCUUACCUGGAAACAAACAAAUAGAUGUUUUGGGGGUUUUGUAAUAGGAAUUUGUAUAAAGCAUUACUCUUUUUCAAUAAAUUGUGUUUUUUUAAUAUAAAAUAAA